AAUUUUGCGACGAUGACAGCCCUGUCAGCUGUUAGUAUUUCUGGAGUGUUUCUUUACUCGCAUUGAUUAGGAAUCUGAAAACAUUUCCAAAUAAUCUGUGUAAGUAAUCUGGGUCGCUCUCUAAUAGGACAGCCCCCCGGUAUGAACUAAGGCAAGGACCCGCAAAUAGCAAGUAAAAUGGAAACCGCAUCACCGAGAGAAACCCAGCAGAAGAACUCGAAUCCGAUCGAGGCCCUGAGCAAAGAUGAAAUCAUCAGCAAAUACAAGGGCCUGCUCAACAUUGCAAAAAAAGCCAAGCAGGCGAAAGAUGAACUCACCGAGGAAAAUCACCGACUCAAGGAGGCCCUAAAACGGGCGGCGGAGAAGCAGAGCACCCUGCCAGCCAUGCAGGAAAUGGUCCAGGACUUUACCGAUAAGAACCUCAUCCUCACCGAGCAAGUGAAUACUCUGAAGCGAAAGACCAAGGAGGAUGCCGACCGUCUAACGCAAUUCGAGAUCGAGAACGAGAGUCUAAAGCGCCAGCUUGGACGACUGAGCGAUGAAAACGAUGCCCUCCUUGCCGAUGUGGAUCGCAUGGAGAAGGCUAUGCAACAGGUCAAUGCUCUGGGUAACGAGCAACGCAAGAAUCUGGAACUAUUGGAAGUGGACAUAGCCAAAAUUAAGGAGACGGAGGCGGAAAACGACAAUCUUCGCCAGCAAGUGGCCACGAUGGAAGAAGAGUCGAGGCAGCUGCAGCAAAAGUACCAGAGCAUUAAGGAACUAAACUCUGAGCAGCGCAAAAAGUUCAAUUCUCUUAAGGACCGCUUCAUUGACGUACAUCGCAAGCUGAAGAAUCUUAAGGAGUGCAAGUGCGUGCUAUUGGAAACGCAGCACGAGUAUGCCGCCUCCGUUUCCAAAUGGCAGGUGGAGAUCAUCAAAGCUUCGCAGCUGUUAUGCGCAAAGAUGGCUGCCCUACAGGCCGAGAAUGAAAAGCUGAAGCUGACCAACGCAAGGUCAGACAAUAAACAUCCCACAAUUGACACUGGAUAUGACCGCAAGCGAUUGCUGCAAAAAGUUGAGGAAAUGGAUCGACUAGUCAAAAUAGUGAAGCAGACACAGAGCAAUUUGAACGUGGAGAGCAUACUUAAGAAGGUAACCGCUAUCGAACGGCUGGCAGCCAUUGUCAAGAAGGAGCAAAGAAUUGACAAGGAAAAAAUAAUGGCGAUAGAGCAGGAAAAGACCGAAAAUCAGUCCAGGAACAUCAAUAUAAGCUUUAUCCAGACUAACCUUGAUCGAAUGGAUAAUCUGGUCAACAUCAUUAAAAAGGAGCGCGUUAAUCAGCAGACGAAGUUGCAGGAUCUAGAUGCCAUCUGCAUAGAACUGCGUCAACACAACGAGGAUUUGCUCACGCGAUUCCACCUCAAGGAGCAAGAGCACGGGGAGUUGCUGACGGAGAUGCGGGAAUUGAAUGAGGCGCUGAAGGGACGCGGUGACGCCAUUUCACGCCUUCAAGAGCAGCACGAAGCGGAGGUCAAGCGACAACGCGACUUGGAGGUUCAACUAUCUAACAGUCAGCAGGCGGCGCAAGAGAAGUUACAGAAGAUCAAACAACUCCAGAGUCGUGUUGAGGAAUUGGAAAAGGCAAAUGCUGAUGCCCAGAGUGAUGUUCUAUCGACAUCCACAAUAUCACGAGCAGAGGAACUGAGCCGCCUGCGUGAACUGGACGAGGGCUACGAGGAGAAGUACCAUAAGCUCAGAGCCAUAGCUGCUAAGCUGAAAAAGAAACUCCAGGAGCAGACGCAGCAGCUGAAUGAAAUGGAACAGAGUGGGGCUUUAAAGGAGGAGUUGGAGGCGGUCAAGUUGGCACAGGUCCAACUGCAACAGGAUCUUAAUGCUGCUCGAGCUGAGAACCAGAAGCUAAAGUCCAAGGAGAAAAUAAAGCACUCCAGUGUCCUUAGUUUGGAGAUCGAAGCAGCCGAAAAAUCCCUUACCGAAGUUAGUGCGAAGCUAGCAGCUAAAUCUAGCGAAUUAGAUGCCGUUAGGGAAUCACUGGCCAGCAAGGAAAACACCAUCGUCCAGCUGCGCAAGGAGAUAGCCAUCCUAGAGGAGGCCAAAAACGGAGAGGCGGCCCAUUCCCUACAGCUAAAGGAGCAAAUUGAUCGCCUGCAGGUCCAGGUCAAGGACGCUGUUCACAGCAAGCAACAGGCGCUCACUCAGAAAAAGGAUUUGGAACAGGGGGUUGAGCAGGCUAAGCUUGAGGCGGAGCAAUUGCAUCUCCAGCUGGCGGAGAGCGCUCAACAAUACGAAUCUAGGCUAAGCACGUCCACUCAACAACUACUUAGCCGAACCGAGGAGCUGGAAAUGCACUUGGCGGAGCAAAAGCGAUUGGAGACGGCGCUUCGAAAUGCGGAACGAGCUCAGGAAGAUCUUCGAGUUGAGUACACCGAAUACAAAUUGAAGGCACAGUCUGUGUUGCGCAAAAACCAAAGUAAGGGUUCCAACCGCGAACAAGAGUUGGAAGAAGAGUUAGUUGCGCUUAGAGAGAGUGAACGCAGCCUGCGAGCUAGCAACGAUGGAAGAGCUGCCCGCCUGGCCCAGCUGGAUAGUCAAAUUGAGGAAUUGCGACAGGAUAACACUGAUCUGCAAAAGCGUAGCAAAGAGCUUCUAUCGUUAGUUGACGAAUUGCGUCAGCAAAACGACCUGCUGUCGUUAGAAAACAAACGCCAGUUGCAAUUCCAACACGAUCUGAUGCAGCAGCAUCGCCAACAAGUUGAUGAGCUGGACGCCGGGCACCAGUUGCAAUUAAAGCAGAUGCAGAUCCAGCUGGAGGAAGCGCAGAAGAUGCAAGCAAACGUUUCACAGCAUAGCACUGCAUCCGCCGCGAGCGUGGACCCCAGUCCAGAGCAGGCAAAGAUCGAUUACUUGCUCAUGGACCAUGAAACAGGCUUGGAUGGCCAUGUUGGCGAAGUCUCUCUGGCGCAACUAGCUGCUCAGCGGAAGAUAUCCACUGCCUCGAGACGCUCCCACGACUUUAUGCCGCUGGACGAGCUGCUCAACACAUCAAUGAACCAAAUAACCAGCGAUACUGUAACUACCAUUUCUAAUUUCGGACGCAGCGUUUCUCAGCAGGAGGACGAGGAAGCGGAAAUGGCCGGACGCGGAGACUUUUCCGUCCAAAGUGCCCAGCUUCAGGCCACAAAGGAACGCCUAAAUAUCCAGGAAAGUCGCGUCAAGCACUUGACUUCUCUGCUGGCCGAAAACGAACAGGAUUUGGCUAAACUGACCCAAAUGAACGACAUGCUCAAGGAAGAAUUGCGUCGCCAAGAGCGCUCUGAGGAACGGGAACAGCACAUGCACAACUCGGAGUACUUGAAGAACGUCUUCUUAAAGUUCCUUACGCUAAACAAUGCUGACGAGCGUCAGCGCUUGGUUCCCGUGCUAAAUACCAUUCUGCGCCUGAGUCGCAACGAAAUGGAUAUGCUGAACUGUGUGGCCAAGGGACAGAAAGUUUCUCCAGAUGGCAGUCGCAGCUGGACGGGAUUUCUGACUGCGUGGAGCGGCGGAGGCAGUCCCAAUAACAACAACUAGUUAAUAUCGUAGGAUAGAUAAUACAAUUAUUGGUAUUGUUGGAUGUGGAUAGUCACCAGUAAUUGGGCAGUUGCACAGCAUUCAUUCUGUAUAUCUUGUACAAUUUCCUUUUUUUAUAUCAAUGUAUUUUGAAAUUGCUUGUUGCUGUUUGGCACACAGUACUUUGUACACUCUUCAAUUUGUCCACACCCAUUGUGUUGAGUGCCCUAUACAGCACUAUCGUCAAUAUGCGCGUUGUAGAUUAACAUCCUUAGCAUAUACCUAAAAAACAAUUUUUUUCAAUGGUUUUUUUAAUUUGAAAUUCUAUUACCAUAUAGAUCAGACUAUAAAUCAGCUGCAUUGUCUAUAAAUUAGUAUUCCAUUAUUUGUAUUGUAUGUACUAUAUAUAAAUAGGAUCGGUAUUUAUGCAUACGUGUACACUUAUAAACGGUGUAUAUUGUUCACACACAAUAUAAAAUAUCAUUAACAUAAACCUAA